AGACGCUCAUUCCUCCAGUCACGCUGCAACUGCGACUCACUCAGCUCCAUCACAUCCACGUCUCUCCCGCGGACUCAGUCUUUCUUUUUUUAAAGGAGCACUGCUGUUUAUUCACACGUCCUGCAGAAACAGCAUCGGUUAAAGCUCGAAGCUCUCGGACACCCUUUUUUUUCUUCUUCCAGUUUUUAGUUGAAUCUCUUUUCAUUCAAUGGGUCCGUGUGUAGUGCUGCUCUGCGCUCUGUUCGGAGUUCUCCUUGGCCAAGGAGCAGAGCAGAUCUCGAUGGAGGACUGCUGUAAAGAUGGCCAGAAGCGUGGCAAUGAUAACAAAGACUGUGCGUCGCUCCCUCUCAUCUCUGAGUCAACCACAUGCAGGAUAGUACAGGAGCAGUGCUGUGUAACAGUACUUGAGGAUAAAAUGUGCACCACUGGUAUCAACAUGGCCAAAGACCAAGGGGCCUGCGAUUCUUUAUUCACCAAUACCUGCGACACCAAGACUACAAAGAUGUGCUGUGACUGUUGUCUUCUGGGGAAGACGGCCAAGGAGCAGGGCCUACCCUGUGACCACAACCUGUCCGUGGGCUACCAGUGUAGCCUGGUGUCCCGGGCCUGCUGCAUGGAUGGAGACCCAGACAACCAGACAACACCCACAGGACAAACUGAAUUACCAAACAAGGAUGAAACCAGCAUAAAUGGAGAUAAUUCAGUAUUAAGUGAUGAAUGCAAAGGGAAAUGUGCUCAUCUCUGUGUGGGUAAUGACACUUGUGCUUGCUUCAAAGGCUACAAACUCAAACCAGAUGGAAAGAGCUGUGAGGAUAUCAACGAGUGUUUGCUGGGAGCCAGCAACUGUCGGGGAGGAGAGCGUUGUAUCAACACAGAGGGCUCAUUCCGUUGCCAGAGAGAGGUCAGCUGUGGGACUGGCUAUGAACUCACUGACAACAACAAUUGCAAAGAUAUUGAUGAGUGUGAGACUGGUAUCCAUAACUGUGGCUCAGAGUUUGAGUGCCAAAACACUCAGGGGUCGUUCCGUUGUCACCCUAAGGUCAAGUGUGGUGCCGGCUUUAUCCAGGAUGCCCUUGGCAGCUGCAUUGAUAUCAAUGAAUGUGUUAGCCAGACGGGCCCAUGCCACCGAGGGCAGCUCUGUAUCAACACAGUUGGCUCCUACACCUGCCAGAGGAACUCUGUUAACUGUGGUCGAGGAUACCACCUCAAUGAAGAGGGCACACGCUGUGUUGAUAUUGAUGAAUGUAAGGGCCCUGAAAAGGUCUGUGCAGGUCAUGGUUGUAUCAACCAGGUGGGCUCCUACCGCUGUGAGUGUGAGACUGGCUACAUCUUCAACAGCUUAAGUCGGGUUUGUGAAGAUAUUAAUGAAUGCAGGCACUACCCUGGCCGUCUGUGUGCUCAUAAGUGUGAGAACACUCCGGGAUCCUACAAGUGUAGCUGCAGCACUGGCUUCAAGCUAGCCAGUGAUGGCAGGAAUUGUGACGAUUUGAAUGAGUGUGAGAGCAACCCAUGCAGUCAAGAGUGUGCCAACGUGUACGGCUCCUACCACUGUUACUGUCGCCGUGGCUACCAGCUCAGUGACAUAGAUGGCAUGUCUUGUGAAGAUAUAGAUGAGUGUGCCCUGCCCACUGGAGGACAUAUUUGCUCCUAUCGCUGUCACAAUACCCCUGGCAGCUUCCACUGUUCCUGUCCCAUCAGUGGCUACACCUUGGCACCCAAUGGACGCAGCUGCCAGGAUAUUGAUGAAUGCGUGACGGGAACACACACAUGCACAGUGAAUCAGAGCUGCUUUAAUGUACAGGGAGGAUUCAGAUGCCUGUCCUUUGAGUGUCCAAACAACUACCGCCGCGUUGGAGAGACUCGAUGUGAACGCUUGCUUUGCAAUGAGUCUGUCGAGUGCCUGGCCAUGCCCCUGAGAAUAACCUACUACUACCUCACCUUCCCCACCAACAUCCCCGUCUUCACCAACAUCUUCCGCAUGGGCCCCUCCCACACUGUGGUCGGCGAUGACAUCCAGAUUGCUAUCACCGCUGGCAACGAGGGCGGUUUCUUCAAGACGGAGCUCGUGCCCACCGGCGGGGUGAUGUCGGUGGCAAAGCUCAUCAACAAGCCACAGGACUUUGAGCUUUCCCUGGAGCUAAGGCUGCGUCGCUAUGGCAUGCUCAGCACAUACCUGGCUAAAGUGCUGGUGUUUGUUACCCAGGAGGAGCCCAGAGUACCUUACAAUCCCUUAUUAGAAUAAACACAAAAGUUAUGUAGGGUUACACAAGUUACUACACUCUUAAAAAGGAUGUGUCAUUUUAAAUGCAUUGUCUGAUUGUCUUGGGCUUUAAAUGCAAGAUGGAAAAAGUUCACCCUCAACACAAAAUGCAUGCCAGAUGACCAUACAGUAUGUUGAUAGCGAAGCAUGGUAAUGCAAUGUAGACUACUAUAUAUAACAUUAAUGAUUUCAGAUCAUACUGCAUAGAUAUAUGCAGGUAAAUAUAGAUAUAAAUCAUGAUUUCCAAUUAGUGAAUAUUGUAAGACCAGUAUUCAUCUCUAUAACCAAAGAUCAUUCAUCAUCAGAUCAUUCGUUUCUUUCAUUCGUGGAUUUACGUCAUUAGGUUUAGGCCUGCCUAAAAAUGUGGGUAAACUGUAUUGGCUUAAGGCCUAAUUAAUUUGCUUGGGUGCCCUGGGGCAAAAAUUAGGUGUGGGGCCCUAAUGACCCCUGCGCAUCAUUGCAUCAUCAGUGCAUCUUCUUUAAAUAAACAAAUAUAUUUAACAAAAUGGACUUUAGAAAAAAAGCCCAUUUCAGUUGAUAUUGUGAUUGAGUGGUGUAUAUUCUUAAAGGAAUACUUCAAUGUUUUGGGAAAUAGAUGAGAAGCAUUAUACCACUCUAAUAUCUGUACACAAAGAAUGAAGCUACCACCAGCAGCUGGCUAACUUAGCGUAGCAUAAGGAUUGGUAACAGGGGGAAACAGCUAGCCUGGCUCUGUCCAAAAAUAACAAAAUCCACCUAGCAGCACCUGUAAAGCUCACUAACUAACAUGUUGUAUCUUGUUUGUUUAAUCUAUACAAAAAAAGGUAUAAAAACAAUAAGCUGUAGUUUUCUGGGGGUUAUGUGCCAGACUAUUUCUUGGCCGGGUGUAGUAACUUCCUGGAGUCUCCGCAGGUUGCCUGGUAACCUCAUAGUGACAACAAGACUCCAGGAGACUCUAUGGGAGUGGUAUCAUCCUCUCAUCUAACUCUCAGCAAGAAAGUGAGUGUGUGUAUUUCCUAAAAUGUCAAACUAUACGUUUAAGCAAAUGUUGAAUUUAUCCAAUUACUAUAAAACAACAGACACAAUGAGUCUGGGGCUUUCAGGGUCACUGGUGGUCCAGGACCCUGGUGCAGCUGCCCCCUUUGUCCGAUCAAUUAUCCAGCCUCGUCUCUACUACAUCACUUUUUUUGCUAUAAAAUAACACAAAUAUGACUGUCCAACACUAAAUGCAUGUUAAAGAUGACACAUCAUUUUUUAAGAGUGGAUAUGAAGAAAUAUCUUCACAAAAUCAGAAGAAAGAAGCACAGUUUUUAGUGAGAUUUUACAUAAUCAACUUUGUAUCACUAGAAUUAAGGAUCGUUAUUCGGCAGUAAAAAUUUGGUCCAUGAAUGUAUCUUCUUGGAGGUAAGGCACUCUGAUAGCCACUAGGUGGCGAUCUAGGUCAGGGUAAAUCAUAAAAUAGUAGCAUAGCAAGUCUGCCUACAAUUGAGUGUAAUUUGAUGACGGUUGCAUGAUAAAGUCUGACGUUUUACAGUAUUUUAUAGUUUAUGUGUUGGAUGAACAGUUUUCUAUUAAAAUUGAAAUAGAAAUAA